AUGAUGGAUUAUUCUGUCAAAGUCGACGUGCCGGAGGAUGACGGGGAGAAAGAACGGAUUCUCCGACGACUUUGGCUUGAACGCGAAGCAGCCGUUCGAGUCAUUCUACGUGAACUAAUAAGCGUGUGCCACGAGUUCGGUGUAUCUCCGUCGGGGGUGCUGAAGAAGACUCUCCAGUCCCCAUUUUGUUUCCGGAAAGGAAGCAAGCGCAGGAGUUGGCAAGAUUUCCAAUCCGAAUUGCUGCGGUUGGUUGUACAGCUGCGAGAAACCUUGUGUUAUCGUAUGGACCCCUCUUGGGAUCCUUUGCUAGCAAUGCUCAAAGAACCGAAGUUAUUUUGGGCAUUGCGGAAUACAUCAUUGGAAAACCAGAAUCUCGUUUGUACCGUAACCAAUAUUCUCGAAGAUAUGUCCGCGUUGCUUUCACGACAUUUCCAAAGAUUGCGAGAUACCGCUAAAGGAGAAGAUGAUUUCAGUAAAGGCUUAUGUCUUUUAAAAUCUGAUGUAUCCGAUUUGGUUUUGGCUGGGUUCCGUUUUGACAAACUCGUGAGUUUGUAUUCUGGCGAAACUGAACACCUCAGCCUACGAGAGCGGGCCCUGAUUUAUGAGCUUCCGGAAGGCCUGAAAAAUGGUGUUUUUAAUGAAAUCUCAGAUACUGGAAUGAGUGUUGAAUGGAAGUCCAUUUUGUCAGCGUAUUUGGAACGCCAGAAGCGUCCGCAGUUGGAAGAUCCGGCUUUGAAUUUGGAAUCCAGUUUAGUGCUCACGUUUGAAGAACGUUCAAGACACGCGAAGCUGGAAUGUUACGAUGGUGGUAAUCUGCCACAACAAGCGAAUAGUGAUGAAUCAUGCAGUGAUGUUUCUGCCAAAGAGAUGGAAAGCUUCUUACAGGGUCGGAAAGAUGCCCUUCAAGGAGGCUUUCAUUAUUACGCGGGUGGGUUUAGGUAUCUUCCUGAAGCUCUGGUUGUUAUGAGACCUGAACCCGUUGCCGAACCUGAGCCAAACAUUUUGCUAGUGAUUCAGUUUCGCGGGGGAUGGCGGGUGGGUGACAUGAAGAAAUCUGGACGCGGUGGUGUGACUGCACGAGUUUCGAAACUCUGGGUGUCUUACAGACAGAAGCGGAUCGUUAUCUAUACUUCGAUUGCCAUCUUGGCCCUUUGGCUGCUCGGUCCUGCGUUCUUGCGAUGGGUAAUCCACAAGAAACGUUUUCACAGAGAUCCUUUGUCGAUGUGCGAAGAAGAAUGGGUUCGGCAAGUGCGUUCGGAGGUCGAUAAGUACGAUGCUGUGAUCUCACGAACUCGUUUUGGACCGAAUGGCCCGUAUGCACUCGAAGGGUCAUCAGCACAGUUCCCCGGAUCUGCCAUGUUACCGAGAACCCUUCUUAUCUCGGAAGCAACUCGGUAUAUUUUGCCGUACGUGGGGAACGGUUACAUCGGACUCGAAGUGAAUGAGGAGGGUCUCAUUUAUGUGAAAUCAGGAAGAUAUCUGGGAGCUGCAGUUCCAUUCAAGCCUGUUGUUUCGCUGUCAAUUGCAGGCGUCGCGUCGUUAGAUUCGGUUGCUGGAACAUCGCCCGGGGGAAAUCAACGUGUGUCAGAUGAUGUCUACGUUACGAAAUUCUAUAAUGGCGUUGUUGAACAUUUCAAGUGUUUUAAAGUUGGAGAGGAUUCAGAGUCCUCUGAAGUGACUCCAACGGUGGACGUUGUAUCGACGUAUUUCGCUCACAGAACAAUUCCUGGUUUGUUGAUCCAGGACGUGAAAAUCCUCAAUCCGACGUCUGUGUCGGUGUUCUUUAAUAUUCAGCAGAUCGGCAUUCAACCAUGGAGUGGAUCGAAAAUAAUACAUCGCACGCUUUCGUAUGGAGACGGGGAUCAUGACUAUGUGAUUGCUACGGGGAUGAUCGAGGAUGGAGUCGGAGGAAAGAUUGCGGCAGCGAUUACCUUCCCUAAGCUUGCUUCUGGAUUAACAGUUGAUGCGAAAGGAUCAAAAUCUUUGAGAGUUAUGACUGCUGUCGCGUAUAGUCCAGUGUUAGAUGGCGAAUCGAAGUUGGAAACUGUGAUUGACGAUCUUAAAACUGAAGUGAUCGAGGUGAUAAAAGAGGCCGUGAGUAUAUCAUUUUCGAAGCUACACAGUGAGCACUUGGCAGUUUGGCAAAAUCUCUGGGGUUCUGGAUUUUUCAUUUCAAAAUCGCUCGCAGAAGGUGCCUUGAAUGGAGACAAGAUCAAUGCCACUAUGUAUUACGUGAUGUCUCAUUCCCCCGCCCCGAUUCAUUGGAGAACGACGACGGAUGCGACGAGGCAAGCUCUGUUCUCGGAGCUUUUCUAUGCAGAAGGCUGCUAUGCGGAUCAUCAAACCUUGAUCGAAUCGGCAGCCUUGUGGGGCGACUUGAAGACGCUGACGUCAGUGAACCGCAUUGUGUACUACUGGCUGACGACCCUAGAGAAGCGGGGGUGUCACAAGCUGAUCGCUGUCGGUGCCGACGGCGUCGUACGAGCCAUGGUGCUCAGCUUCGGCGCCUUUAAGUACUCGAACCACCACCUGGAGUUCAGGACUCCGCCCAAAGAUCUGCACCGUGACGUCACAUUUCGUCACUUGGCUUACGGGAAUGGUACUUUCCUCACUGUGUCGGUCGUCAUAAAAGAUGACAAUAAGCCUUGGCUUAUUGUCGCCUUGGAUUCCGUUUCGACGCCCGUGAAGCCCAAGGGGGUGCCGGAUGAAAUUUGGGCCUGCGACGCGGGUUGCUUGGAUCCGCCGAAAACUUUG